AUGCUUUUUACAAAAUUAAUCUAUUUAUGUACAAUAUUUUUUAAAUUUCAGUUUAGUUCCAGCGUUUCAAUAUCUUAUAAACAACAUAAAUCCAGAAUUUCAUUUAUAAACACUCCAAAUCGCUCUUUUUUGUUUAAUAGGCACUUAAAAACACACAAUAAUGUCACACUCUCUGGAAUCCAGCCUUCCGGUGAAUUACACAUUGGCAAUUACAUAGGUUGUAUACAACCAUGUUUAACCUACCAGUCUAACAACAAUGACUUGCACAUGAUGAUUGCUGACAAUCAUGCUUUGUCUGGUUAUAAUUUUGGAGAUAAUUUGAGGGAAAACACUAGAAAAACUAUUGCAUUGACGCUCGCCUGUGGAAUUGACCCAAAUAAAACCACUAUUUUUGCGCAGAGCCACUUUCCUCAAAUCCUUGAGAUGAAUUGGAUUUUAGGUUCAUUUAUUAAAACAUCAAAAUUUUAUAAGCUUGCUCAAUUUCGCAACAGGGGAGUCGACUCGGCUGACAUGAGUAUUGCAAAGUUUCUUUAUCCUCUACUGAUGGCUUCCGACAUUCUUGCUUUGAAUGCCAGGCUUGUGAUUGCUGGCCCUGAUCAGAAAAUAAAUCUCAGCUUAGCCAGAUAUUCAGCCAGGAAGCUGAAUCGUAUUAUUGGCUCAGACACUUUCAUUGUUCCCGAACCCGUGUAUUCUCACACCUACAGAGUCAAGUCUCUCUCUGACGGUAGGAAGAAGAUGUCGAAGACGGGCUCUUCCAACAUGGAUGUCAUAAACUUGCUGGACUCCGAGGACAUGAUUUACCGCAAAAUCAGGUCCGCCAAGACUCAGUCUUCUGAUGAUGACGCCUCUCCUGAACUCAAUAACCUCCUCGCUCUUUACAGUAUCUUUUCUGGGAGGCCCUAUGAUGACGUCGUCGACCACUGUGAUAUGUCCAACUUUUUGAAACUUAAAACUGAUUUGGCAUCACACAUCAUCGACUUCCUCAGUCCCAUUAAGAGGUAUCUACAUUCUAUUACAGCACACCCCUUAACCUAUUUCUAG